AUGGGAAAUUGCAUAAGGUCAAGCAAAAUAAGGCUGCACGAAGAGGAUGAUAACAUUGAGGAGCUGCAUCAAGAAAAGAAAGAAACAAGGAUUGUGAAGGAAAGUGGCAGUUUCCAGAAAGGUGCAAGCCUUAAGGUUAAGAUAGUGCUUACGAAGGAGGAGCUAGAGUGGUUAAUGUUUCAACUAAAGUUCAAUGGAGGAAGGAAGCUAGAAGAUGUUUUGGGAGAGAUAGAGAGAGGGAGAAUGAAAGUUAAAACAUGGAAACCCUCGUUGGAGAGUAUCAUGGAAACUCCUGAAGGGCUUGAAACAGAGAGACGAGCCCUUUGA